UCGGUGCCCCCCGGCAGGGCUGCUCGGGCCGGGAGCACGGGGCCCUAGACCCCCAGGCCGCCCUGCGCAGGCUGCUCCCGUGCCCGGGACCCCAGGAAUCCUUCAAAUGCUGAACACUCGGAGUUGAGCAGUACAGACUGGGCCCUAACAUUUGCUGUCUUCCGAAGUACAGUACUGAGUUUGGGAGGAACAGAAAAACCCCGUAAUUCUCAGGUUUCUUAGAUGAAGAUAAGAGCUCGGCGUUGAUGCUGUGCCGGAGGCCCCCCGACCAUGAGCUACUGGAACGCGGAGGGAAGGAGCCGCGUGCAGUACCGGCGGCAUUUCCUGGUGGACAACAGCGUGUUUCACGUUGAAAGAUGCAUGAGUGUGAUGCAGUCUGGGACUCAGAUGAUCAAACUGAAACGUGGAACCAAAGGGCUAGUCCGGCUCUUUUACCUGGAUGAGCAUCGGACCCGCCUUCGAUGGAGACCCUCUAGGAAGAGCGAGAAGGCAAAAAUACUUAUUGACUCCAUUUACAAAGUGACCGAGGGCCGGCAGUCUGAGAUAUUCCACAGACAAGCUGAGGGGCACUUCGAUCCCAGCUGCUGCUUCACCAUCUACCAUGGCAACCACAUGGAGUCUCUGGAUCUCAUCACCUCCAACCCCGAGGAGGCCCGCACCUGGAUCACAGGCCUCAAGUACCUGAUGGCUGGCAUCAGUGAUGAGGACUCCCUUGCCAAGCGGCAGAGGACCCACGACCAGUGGGUGAAGCAGACCUUUGAGGAGGCUGAUAAGAACGGUGAUGGCUUAUUGAAUAUUGAAGAGAUACACCAACUGAUGCACAAGUUAAAUGUCAAUCUGCCCCGAAGAAAAGUCAGACAAAUGUUUCAGGAAGCAGAUACAGAUGAGAAUCAGGGAACUUUGACAUUUGAAGAAUUUUGUGUUUUUUACAAAAUGAUGUCAUUGAGACGGGACCUUUAUUUGUUGCUCUUGAACUACAGUGACAAGAAAGAUCACCUAACUCUGGAAGAACUGGCUCAGUUUUUGAAGGUGGAGCAAAAGAUGAGUAAUGUGACAACAGACUAUUGUCUUGACAUCGUAAGAAAAUUUGAAGUUUCAGAAGAAAAUAAGGCAAAAAAUGUUCUUGGCAUAGAAGGGUUCACAAAUUUCAUGCGUAGUCCUGCUUGUGACAUAUUUAACCCACUGCACCAUGAAGUGUACCAGGACAUGGAUCAGCCUCUGUGCAACUACUACAUCGCUUCCUCUCACAACACAUACCUGACCGGGGACCAGCUCCUUUCCCAGUCCAAAGUGGACAUGUAUGCACGGGUGCUACAGGAGGGCUGUCGCUGCGUGGAAGUUGACUGUUGGGAUGGCCCAGAUGGAGAGCCAGUGGUCCACCAUGGUUACACUCUGACUUCAAAAAUUCUCUUCAGAGAUGUUGUGGAGACCAUCAACAAGCACGCCUUUGUGAAGAACGAGUUCCCGGUCAUACUGUCCAUUGAGAAUCACUGCAGUGUCCAGCAGCAGAGGAAGAUUGCUCAGUACCUGAAAGGAAUAUUUGGAGACAAACUGGACCUGUCAUCUGUAGACACCGGAGAGACCAAACAGCUUCCAAGCCCUCAAAGUUUGAAAGGCAAAAUCCUAGUGAAGGGCAAGAAGCUGCCUUAUCAUCUUGGGGAUGAUGCAGAGGAGGGGGAAGUUUCCGACGAAGACAGCGCAGAUGAAAUUGAAGAUGAGUGCAAGUUCAAGCUCCAUUACAAUAAUGGGACCACUGAGCAUCAGGUGGAGUCUUUCAUAAGGAAAAAACUGGAGUCACUGUUGAAAGAAUCUCAAAUCCGAGACAAGGAAGAUCCCGAUAGCUUCACAGUGAGGGCGCUACUGAGGGCCACGCACGAAGGCUUAAAUGCACACCUGAAGCAGCAUCCAGAUGUGAAGGAAAAUGGGAAGAAAUCACACGGACGAUCCCUCAUGACCAACUUUGGAAAACAUAAGAAAACCACAAAAUCACGAUCUAAGUCUUACAGUACUGACGAUGAGGAGGACACACAGCAGAAUCCCGGCAAGGAAACCGGCCAGCUGUACAGGUUGGGUCGGCGCAGGAAAACCAUGAAGCUCUGCCGAGAGCUCUCUGACUUGGUGGUGUAUACAAACUCCGUGGCCGCCCAAGACAUCGUGGAUGAUGGAACCACAGGAAACGUGUUAUCAUUUAGUGAAACAAGAGCACAUCAGGUGGUUCAGCAGAAAUCGGAGCAGUUCAUGAUCUACAACCAAAAGCAGCUCACGAGGAUUUACCCGUCUGCCUACCGCAUCGAUUCCAGUAACUUCAACCCUCUGCCCUACUGGAACGCAGGCUGCCAGCUAGUGGCUCUGAACUACCAGUCCGAAGGGCGAAUGAUGCAAUUAAAUCGAGCCAAAUUCAAGACCAAUGGCAAUUGUGGCUACGUCCUCAAACCCCAGCAAAUGUGCAAAGGUACUUUCAACCCUUACUCUGGUGACCCACUUCCUGCCAACCCCAAAAAGCAGCUCAUCCUGAAAGUGAUCAGUGGACAGCAGCUCCCCAAACCUCCAGACUCCAUGUUCGGAGAUCGAGGCGAGAUCAUUGAUCCUUUCGUUGAAGUUGAAAUUAUUGGAUUGCCAGUAGAUUGCUGUAAAGAUCAAACCCGUGUAGUAGAUGACAAUGGAUUUAACCCUGUAUGGGAAGAAACCCUGACGUUUACGGUACACAUGCCAGACAUAGCUUUGGUUCGGUUCCUUGUGUGGGAUCAUGAUCCGAUUGGACGAGACUUCGUUGGACAAAGAACUGUGACCUUCAGCAGCUUAGUGCCUGGCUACCGGCAUGUCUACUUGGAAGGACUGACAGAGGCAUCGAUAUUUGUCCACAUAACAAUCAAUGAAAUCUAUGGGAAGUGGAGCCCUUUAAUACUCAACCCCAGUUAUACUAUAUUGCACUUUCUAGGAGCUACAAAGAGCAGACAGCUCCAAGGUCUGAAGGGAUUGUUCAAUAAGAAUCCCAGGCAUGGUUCUUCAGAAAACAAUUCCCAUUACGUUCGGAAACGAUCAAUUGGAGAUAGAAUUCUACGACGCACAGCCAGCGCUCCAGCCAAAGGCAGAAAGAAGAGCAAAAUGGGCUUCCAAGAGAUGGUAGAGAUAAAGGAUUCUGUGUCUGAGGCUGCGAGAGAUCAGGAUGGUGUCCUGAGGAGGACCACACGGAGCUUGCAAGAGCGCCCUGUCUCUCUACCCGUUGACAAAAGUCUUCUGGGGGCCUUGUCACUGCCCCUAUCUGAAACAGCGAAAGACACUGAAGGAAAAGAAAACUCUCUGGCAGAAGAUAAGGAUGGAAGAAGAAAGGGGAAGGCAAGUAUAAAAGACCAACACUUUCCAAAUUUCAACAAAAAGUUAUCCUCUUCCUCUAGCGCUCUCCUCCACAAAGACCCCCGCCCAGGGGGCUCCGCUGUUUCUGUCGCCAGCGCAUCCAGCGCAUCCAUCACCGGGGAACAGCUGGGAGCCCCGGGCCUCCGGGGCGGGAGAACCAGAUCACCUGCGCCAGGUGACUGCCCGGAGCAGGAGUGUCCCCGCAAACCCCGCUCCCCAAGGCAGCAUCUGGCUCUGGAACCUGCACUUACCGCAGCGCAAGGUGGUCUGAGCACCCAGGCACCUGCACGCGCUGGAGGCUCUGGGGAGGACAGAGGCCCUCGGUCAGGAAGCAGGUUUUCUCAAAGCCACCUGGAGGGCAGGGACUUGGAGGGCAGCUGGGUGACGGGCCGAGCCGCAGCGUCCCUCUCUCUGUCCGACGUGUCUCUGCUGUGUGCUGAGCACCCCGACUCGCACUCCACGGCCGUUCUGCAGGACAGCGACAUCUCCCAUCUUCUUGAUACUGUCCCUCUCGCCACCGCCACCGAGGGCGACCCGGGCGGCUCCAUCUCGGCGCUGAUCGGCCAGUGCGAGGAGGCGCGGGAGCCGGGGAGCCUCGCAGCGGCUCCUCCCCCGCACAGCACCUGCGUGGUGGCAGGUCAUCCUCCCUUGCCCGCCCUGGACCCCGAGCCGGCCGUGGAGCCCGACGCUGCCACGGGAAAAUGCAAGCCCUGCUUCGCGCGCGCAUCCCCCGCCCGGAUUCCCGCCAAGGGCCCCGAGGCCUCGGCGCACACGCUUCACCGAACCACCUGCGCGACUGCCCCCCAGCCGCCCCCGGAGGACCAGCUCGCCGUGGGAAACCACCGGCCCGGGGCCUCGGCCACGUGUCCCUGCCGGCCACCGCGAAGCCCCGGCGCCGGGCAGGUGCGAGGAGCGCCCGGGAGCCGCAGCCCCGCCCCGGCCCCCCCGGCCCCCGCCGCCCCGCCAGCCGACCGCGCGCCCCGUUUCCAUCCUGGAGACCGCAGUGUCGUGGGGGCGGGGGACGCCGCAGGCCCCGCGGACCUGCCCGCACCUGCCGCUGAACGUCCCGGGGACCACGCAGGCCCCCUCGCGGCUCCUCUGCAGCCCAGGCGCAGCCCGCACGCGGCGGACCGCGUCCCCGGCGCUCGGAGAAACGGCCGCUGCCCAGACACCCCGCGCAGCGCUCCCGAAAGCACCUCUGGCCUCACCUGUCCAGGUGCUGCCGCUCCCACGCGCAGCCGCUGCUCGCACCCGGAUGCCCACGCCGACCAGGCCCGCGUGCCCGCGCCCCGCCACGCGCCCCCGGGGCCCGCCCUCAAGCUGCCCAGCCCUUGCAAAUCCAAGAGCCUGGGCGACCUGACGUCCGAGGACAUCGCCUGCAACUUCGAGAGCAAGUACCAGUGCAUCAGCAGGAGCUUUGUCGCCACCGGCCUCCGCGACCAGAAGGCCGUGGCGCUGGCGGCCGCCGCCCUGGAGCCCAUGGACGCCCUGACGGAGCAGCUGCGGAGGCUGGUGUCCUUGGAGCAGGACGACGGCUGCCAGGUGCUCCGCGCCGAGCGCGACGCCAGCCCGCUGCCCCGGGCGCUGGUCCGCAAGCUGUCGUCGCGCAGUCAGAGCAGGGUGCGCAACAUCGCCAGCCGGGCCCGGGAGAAGCAGGAAGCCGGCAGGCAGAGGGGCGCCACGCCCGGCCCCGCGGCGGGGGUGGUCCUCCGCCACCGAGCCGCCCCGCCGCCCGCCGGCACCCGGCACUCCACGGGCUCCUACAUCGCGGGCUUCCUGCGCGGGGGCGCCGAGGACCGCGGCAUCCCCGAGGGCGCCUGCGCAGCGCUGCACCACGCCCCCGCCGCCCGCUUCUGCUCCCACGGCUCCGUCCUGCACACCGAGCCCGAGCCCGGCGGCGACGACAAGCCCGAGAUCUAUUUUCUCUUGAGGCUCUGAACGCCGCGAAGCUGCAGCUCUCCGGAGUUCACACGGCACCCCCCGUAGCGCUGUCCUAGAGCCCGGGACGCGCGCCCUUGGCUCCGAGCUGAUUUCAAGAUGUACUUCUAGACGCGUGGUUUGGCCUCCCUCCGCCUCCACGUGUCUCGCUGCGCAUGCGUGUGUGUAGACCAGGGUGACCUGUCCCGCGUGCGUGUGAUCUUUCUGCCCCCGGGUGUAAACGCGGGGCCCCGGCGCUCCACCGGCUCGUACGUCAAGGGCUUCCUGCGCGGGGGUGGCCCGAGGACCGCGGCAUCCCCGAGGGCGCCUGCGCAGCGCUGCACCACGCCCCCGCACGGAGGCCACGCCCCACGCCCCCGCACGGAGCCCGCUUCUGCUCCCCCAGCUCCGCCCUGCACACCCAGCCCAGCAGCGACGACAAGCCUGAGAUCUAUUUUAUCUUGAGGCUUUGAAUGCCGCGAAGCUGCAGUUUUUCGGAGUUUACACGGCACCCCGUAGCGUUGUCAUCCCCGGAAAGCGCGCCCUUGGCUCUGACCUGAUUUCAAGAUGUACUUCUAGACGCGUGGUUUGGCCUCCCUUCACCUCCACGAGUCUCGCUGCGCAUGCGUGUGUGUGUGUGUGUGUAGACCAGGGUGACCUGUCCCGUGUGCGUGUGAUCUUUCUGCUCCCAGGUGUAAACGCUCCCAGGUGUAAACGCGUGCAUGCCCCAGAUGCGAAGCUUCCAGCCGCUUGCGCCGCGCCCUCCACUCUGUGCCCUCGGGUCACAGGCACAAAUGUGCUCAGUUUUACCCUCUACCCGCGGAGGUCAUUUAGGAGACCUUGCAAAGGACGGAGGGAGAAGCUCUUUAUUUUAAAGCCAUCAUCAUCACUCCUAGCUUCCCCCCUUCUUCGUUGAGAAGCCCUCGUGCAUUUUUAGGACUCAGUUCAAAGAAAAAUCAAAAUAGUCCCCCUACGUUUUAAGAGUUCUCUAUCCUGUGCAGAAUAAGUCCAAAGGAGAUUGGUAGCUGCCCCCCUCCCUCCUACCCCUCCCCACACACCCUCUCAUUUUCGAGUAGCCUGAGGAUAAAGCAAACUUCUGUAUAUAAACACAAAAUUGUUUGUUUUACAUAAAUUUUGUUACAUAUUUUUGCUAAUGGGCUUUGUAUGUAACAAGAACACAGUUGCCAAGCUAUUUGUUGUACUUUUGGAUUUUCUGAUUAAAUUAUAGACUGCGAAUAAUGGCUUUCAGAACGAGGGACCUCUGUCAAAUACCGACAGUAAUAGCACAGAUUGAAAACAUCCCCAAAGCUGUCAAGCAAAAAAAAAAAAAAAAAGAAAAAGAAAAAAAGAAAAGAAAGAAA